UAUAUAUUAAAAAAAAAACCAAACAAAUCAGCCUCCACCACCCUCUCUCCACAUUUUGCGUCGCAUGCCACCACCUCAUGGGUCUCCACGCCCGCCGCCGCGACUCCGCUCCCGGCCCCUUCCCUCCACUGUCCCCCACCAUUUCCAUCCCUCCGCCACAAAUCCUCCAUCACCAUGACCCCACCCCGGAUCCCUUCCCUCCCUCCGCUUUCGACGCUCGCCGCACCGGGGGCCACAACCGCCGUGAAUCGCUACCCGGCCCGCUGUUCCCUCCCCUCUCGCCGCCGCCGACAAAUGUCCACUCCCGCCGUGACUCCUACCCCGGACCCUUCCCCAACUUUCCCUCUCCCACCUCCCAUGAAUCUGACUCCGGCCUCCUCCCUUCCACCUCAUCGCCCUCCGUCCACCACUAUUAUCAUCGUGAUCUUGGUUGCCAUUCCAACAAACGAAGGGUGUGUCUCCACGACAAGGAAAGCGACCUAGCGUGGCCGUUUGACAAGCUUGAAGGUCUUGACCACGAUGACAUAAGGGAAACGGCGUAUGAGAUCUUCUUCACGGCGUGUCGGUCCUCGCCGGGGUUCGGUGGCCGGAGCGCGAUCACGUUUUAUUCUAAGCACGAGGGGAACGGUGGGGGGACGAGUCCGGCGCCGGCGUUGCAGACGAGUAGGGUGAAGCGAGCGCUAGGGUUGAAGAUGCUGAAAGGCUCCUUGUCUCAGAGGAUGAUGGGGUCGGCGGCGCCGGCGUCUCCGGUGGCCGACAGGAGUCCCCGGUCUCGGGGCGUGCCGCGGCGGACGAUGACCAUGGCGGAAGUCAUGAGGCUGCAGAUGGGGGUGACGGAGCAGAGCGACAGCCGCCUGAGGAAAACCCUCGUGAGGACGCUUGUUGGCCAACUUGGUCGACAAGCAGAAACAAUCAUUCUCCCUUUGGAACUCCUUCGCCACCUAAAGCCUUCAGAGUUCAACGAUUCCCAUGAGUACCACUUGUGGCAAAAGAGGCAACUCAAGCUCCUAGAAGCAGGUCUCCUCUUGCACCCUUCAAUCCCCGUAGAAAAGACAAACACAUUCGCAAUAAACCUCAGGGGCAUAAUCCGCAGUGCAGAAUUCAAGCCACUAGACACAGGCAAAAACUCAGACACAAUGAGAACCUUCAGCAACUCAGUGGUGUCGUUAUCCAUGAGAAGCCCCAAUGACAGCACCACCAACAUUUGCCACUGGGCCAAUGGCUACCCUGUCAACAUCCACCUCUACAUUUCCCUCCUCCAAUCCAUUUUUGACCUUAAGGAUGAGACUUCGGUGCUUGAUGAGGUUGAUGAGCAACUUGAGUUGAUAAAGAAAACAUGGUCAACACUAGGGAUCAAUAGGCCAAUUCACAAUGUGUUGUUCACAUGGGUGUUGUUUCAACAAUAUGUGGAAACUGAGCAGGUGGAGCCUGAUCUUCUUUGUGCUUCACAUGCCAUGUUGAAUGAGGUGGCAAAUGAUGCCAAGAAAGAAAGGGAGUCCUUUUAUGUAGAGAUAUUGAAAGCUGUUCUUAGUUCACUGCAGGAGUGGGCAGAUAAGAGAUUGCUUAACUACUAUGAGUAUUUCCAGGGAGCAGAUAUCGGACAAAUUGAAAACCUUCUUCCAGUGGUGUGUUUAGCAUCCAAGGUUUUGGGGGAUGUUACAAGUUCGGAUGGAGGAGGGCAAGAGAAUGGAGAUAAAACUAAGGUGGAUUCCUCCGAGAAUCAAGUUGAUGAUUAUAUUCGUUCUUCAAUCACAAAUGCUUUUCAAAAGGCAAUGGAAGCAGCUAAUGCAAAAUGUGCUGAAUUGGAAUCAAAGCAUGAAAUAGGUGAAUUGAUGUUUCAAUUAGCUCAGGAGACAGAAUAUUUAGCAAUGAGAGAGAGACAAAAUUAUAGUCCAAUAUUAAAGAAAUGGCACACCAUAGCAGCUGCAGUAGCAGCAUUGACACUUAACAAUUGUUAUGGGCAAGUGCUAAAACAAUUUUUAAGUGAAACGACCGUAUCAAUAGUAGCUGAGGUAAUUUUAGUAUUGCAGAGGUCUAAAAUGCUAGAAGAUGUUUUGGUUCAAAUGGUAGUUGAAGAUUCAGCUGAUUGUGAGGAUGGUGGCAAAACAGUAGUGAGAGAGAUGGUUCCUUUUGAAGUUGAGCCAACCAUAUUGAUUCUUGUUAAGAAAUGGAUAGAUGAAUCACUGAACAAAGGGAGAGAGUGUUUGCAGAGAGCAAAAGAAAAUGAAGCAUGGAAUCCAAAGUCUAAAUCAGAGCCAUGUGCAAAAUCAGUAGUAGAGCUGAUGAAUUUGUCCAAGAAGAUUGUGCAAGAAUUCUUUCAAAUUCCAAUACCAAUAACUGAAGAUUUAGUUCAAGAACUUGCUGAUGGGUUACAAAAAAUCUUCCGUGAUUACGUUAUGUUUGUUGCAGCAUGUGGUUUGAAAGAAAACUACACUCCCACUCUUCCCCCACUAACCAGGUGCAACAGGAAUUCAAAGUUUCACAAGCUGUGGAAGAUAGCUAGUCCUUGCAGUGUUAGUUGUGAAGAUCCACACAUAUAUGGAAUAUAUGAAGCUAAUCAUCCUCACUCAUGCACUAGCCGUGGAACGCAACGCCUCUACAUUCGUGUCAACACCUUACACUAUCUCCUUUCUCAUAUCCCCUCACUUGACAAAUCACUCUCCUUAACACAAGGAAUUGUUCCUUCAAAUCGCCACAGUUCCACAAACAGCACUUCAUACUUUGAAACAACCAACACUGCCAUCCUAGCAGCCUGCCAGCAUGUCUCAGAAGUUGCUUCUUAUCGUCUCAUGUUCUUGGACUCAAGCACUUUCUUCUACGACAGCCUCUACGUCGGCGAUGUAGUCAAUUCUCGGAUCAACAACGUGUUGACAAUCCUUAAGCAUAACAUCAAACUAAUGACAGCAAUUCUGACAGAAAGAGCUCAGUCACUUGCUGUGAAGGAAGUUAUGAAGGCCUCAUUUGAUGCAUUCCUCACGGUUUUGCUUGCUGGUGGAACCACCAGGGUGUUCAAUGAAUCUGAUCACCAAAACAUACAAGAGGACUUUCACAGUUUGAAGCAGGUAUUCCACUCUUGUGGAGAAGAACUGAUAGCAGAAAAUGUGGUGGAGAAAGAGGCUGAGGUAGUGGAGGGAGUGAUAGCACUAAUGGGAAUGAGUACUGAAAAAUUGAUGGAAAACUUGACUACCUUAUCAAGUGAGAUAAAGGGUGUCGGAGUAUUUGGGAAUGGUCAGAAGUUGCCAAUGCCACCAACUACAAGAAAGUGGAGUAGAACUGACCCCAACACAAUAUUGAGGGUGUUGUGCUAUAGAAACGAUCGAAUUGCGAAUCAUUUCUUGAAAAGGACUUUUCAAAUAGCAAAGAGGAGAUGACAACAUAGAGGCAUAUCAAUAAACUUUUUGUAAAACAUGUAGCUACUUAGUUCUUUCCUUCUAACUAGGAUGAACAAGUGUUUAGGAGAGGGGGUGAAAAUUCUAUUAAAAAGAAAUAGAAAUUGUGGAUUAGACAAUAGGGAAGAUAUCAGUUCAAGAAAGAACUGUCUUGCUUUUAUCUCCAGGCAUGUUCAACUUUCAACUGAUUCAAGAAACUAUUGCAAACUUCAAAUUAUAUAAUUCUGAAUUGCGUUUCUGUUAAAA